UGUAAAGUGGUAAAUUCAGAAGAGGCAAUAAUGUUGAAGACGUGGGGGGCACCAUUUUGAAAACUGAAAAGAAACAUAGAGAGAGAACCUGUGAAGCAUUCUAUGUUAUAAACAGUUCUGUGGCGCUUGUUCAGUCUCAGGCUCUCAGCCAGUACUGUAUCUAAUCCCUAAACCUUAAACCUGUUUCUUUCUCUCCUUGACCAAAAGAACAGUGUCAGACAUAUUCUCUCAAUGACAUAAUCACAAUCAGAUAUCAAAGUCUCUUCCUUUUGCAACCCAAAAAGGGAGAGCUACUGUUAAAGCUCGAGUCUUUGCUCUCGGAUCUUCAAUGGCAGAGCUCAACAACAAGAAGUAUAUUUCCUCUCAAGACCUAGCAAAACACAACAAGCCAGGAGAUCUAUGGAUCUCAAUACAGGGAAAAGUCUACAACGUCUCCGACUGGGCCCAAUCCCACCCCGGCGGCGAGCUCCCAUUGCUCAACCUCGCUGGCCAAGACGUCACCGACGCCUUCGUCGCCUACCACCCCGGCUCGGCGUGGCAACAUCUUGACCGGUUCUUCAAUGGCUACUAUCUCCAACACUACACAGUCUCCGAGGUGUCCAAGGAUUACAGGAAACUCGUCAACGAGUUUUCGAAGAUGGGUUUGUUCGAAAACAGGGGACUUGGUGUGUAUUUCCAGCUGUUUUCUGUGGCAAUGUUGUUCAGUUUGAGUGUCUAUGGUGUUUUGUGUUCUGAUAAGGCAUGGGUUCAUUUGGUCUCGGGUGGGUUAAUGGGCUUGGGUUGGAUUCAGAGUGGGUGGCUUGGUCAUGAUUCCGGGCAUUACCAGAUCAUCAGCAACAAAAAGGUGAACAGAUUCGCUCAGAUCCUCACCGGAAACUGCCUUGCUGGCAUCAGCAUUGCUUGGUGGAAGAGGAACCACAAUGCCCACCACAUUGCUUGUAACAGCCUCGAAUUCGAUCCAGAUCUUCAGCACAUGCCUUUCUUUGCGGUAUCUUCGAAACUGUUCCAGUCCCUUAGGUCUUGUUAUUAUGAUAGGAAGAUGAAUUUCGAUAAGUUUACUAGGUUCUUGGUUAGCUAUCAGCACUGGACAUUUUACCCUGUGAUGUGUUUUGCUAGGAUUAAUCUUUUUGCUCAGUCAUUCAUGUUGUUAGGGUCUAAGAGGUUGAGGGUGCCCAAUAGGGGCCAGGAGAUUUUGGGGCUUCUUGUGUUUUGGAUUUGGUUUCCUCUGCUAGUUUCGUGCUUGCCCAAUUGGGGUGAGAGAGUCUUGUUUGUUGUUGCUAGCUUUUCGAUCACUGGGAUUCAGCAUGUUCAGUUCUGCUUGAACCAUUUCUCUUCAAGUGUCUAUGUUGGUACACCUGUUGGGAAUGACUGGUGUGAGAAGCAGACUAAUGGGUCACUUGAUAUAGUGUGCCCAUCUUGGAUGGAUUGGUUUCAUGGUGGUUUGCAGUUUCAGAUCGAGCAUCAUUUGUUUCCGAGGUUGCCUAGAAGGUAUCUGAGGAUGAUUGCUCCUCUUGUUAAGGAGCUUUGCAAGAAGCACAAUCUACCUUACACAAGCGUGUCAUUCACAAAGGCCAACACAUUGACAGUUGGGACUCUGCGUGCUGCAGCCUUGCAGGCUCGUGAUCUUACCAGCCCUGUUCCAAAGAAUUUAGUUUGGGAAGCUGUACACACAUAUGGAUAAUGACUCAUGAGAGCAAUGUCUUUGUGAAGGUGAAGCUUUCUGAGAAUUGCUCUGGUGUGGUUAUUUAUGCCCAAUGACAAUGAUGAUGUUAAAGGGGUAUUAUGACUUCAAUUGGAAGAAUAAUAAUCAUCUCUUGGAUCGCUUGGUCUUUUUAUAUCUGCAAGCUUGUAACAACAGUUCAUUUCUUUUCUGGAGUAGUUGAUGUAGUACUUCCUUCUCCUCUAGUGUAAAGUACUGUGUUUUGAUUAGUUUGCUUAUUUAAAUCUGAUAGCCCACUCACUGUCUCUUUUAAGGCUUUGGUUCUCCCUGAA